UUAUAUUCGAUAAAUGCCCGUGACCAAACGUGAUUUCGUACUUUCUAUUUUUGGGUAAAAUUGACAAGAUUUGGUGAAACAAAAGAAAAAAGUGAGUAAUUGUGUGAAAUUUAGUGUUGAAGUGCGAAUUUUUUGGAAUUUUUUCCAACAAAUCAAAGUACAACAAUAUCUGUUAUGUCAAUGAUUUAUGCACUUCAUGUGGCAUUCCAAGAAAAAAAUCGCAAAAUUUUAAUCAAAACAAAGAAAAACCCCAUGUAAAUCGAAACAUUAAAAAUAUAUCAGAAUAUUGGCUGAUAAAAUGUAAAUUGAUUUGAUUAAUAUGAAGCGAUAGCAUUGACUUUUUUGUGUGUCUCGUUUACCGUUCUCAAUAUGCAAAUAAAAUAAUGAGUGUGAUGUACCGUUAACCACUUGAACGACGCUCUCAUCAAACUGUCUCUGACUAUAUUAAAUAGGCCACACACGUUUUGUAUUGAAAAUUGAAAAAAAAACAGAACAGAUCGACCAUUUAGUAGAAAAUACGUAAUCAGAAUCGGAAGAUUUUGCAAAAUAAAUACGCGUUUAGUUCAUCACUGACAUCAUAUCAGGUUUCUUAUUUGCAUCUCAUUCUCUCGCCCAUCCAUUAGUCCACCAGCGAUGCGUCAAAGAAUGAGCAUAUGAAGUGAACGUACAAAAGUGUGAUUGAAUGGUUCUUUGUCCACCAGACAAACAAUAUCAUCAGUAUGUAUCAGUUGUUUCGCUGGUUGUUCACCAGCGUUCAUAGCAAAGACGUGAUUUCACAAAACGCAAAUGCUCACUUCUGAAUGAUUCUUGCUUUCGUAUUCCAAUCCUUAUUCGUACACUGACAUUAUGAUCUCAUUUGAUCAGGCACACUUAUCUUCCGUCUUUUUGUUUUGGGGAAUUCCGAAAAACAAUUUUUGAUCAACGAAAUAAAACAGCAAAAUUCUAUUAUUUUGGUUUAUCUCCAUAUUAAUCAAACUAUUGUACUUGAAAUGACAUUGAACUCCGCAUUUCUCCAAUGUAAAGACACGAGAUCACUCGCAUGCUAAGGCUUAGCAGUUAAGCUGUUAUGCAUACAAAGAAUAGAAACCGAAAACAAUGUUUAAAAUAGAACAGAACUUGUUUAGACUAUUUGCUCAAUGCGAGUGAACUCCAGGAAAACCGGUCGAUUGCAUUUGCUUCAUCUUCUUGUUUGUCGGCAAUUCAGUCAAGUCAAUCUCUUGGCGAAGAACACAAGCAUUUUGACAAUUUUUACAUUCAGUUCAUUUAAAUGAUUACUAAAAAUAGAUAGAUUUCUCAUUCCCAGGUUAUUGCGGUGAAAUUUAAUCAACUUGAAACAAUAAUAAACAUGGUUCCGCUUGCAGUCUUUGGCAUUUUAGCCAUUUUUAUAUCAACUGGAGUUGAAUGUGGUAAGUAUUUUUAUUCACUAUUCCGAUGGAGAGUGAUCAGUUUCAACCGAUGAAGUCAUGGUUUUGAGUUCAUUCGAUUCGUUCAAUGUUUUUUGUGUUUUCUCCAAAAAAAAAAAAUGUUCCCGUUUUUGGAUGUCGGUAAAUAAAUUUCGGGCUAUUGAAAACUCAGAUAAUAAAUUAAACAUUAUUUUUCCUCUAAAAAAGAACAGAAUUGACACUUUAUUCAACUCGAAAUUAGGUUGAGUCGGCCUUUUUCGAAGUACAAACUGAAUAAUUCUUGAUUUCCAUUGAGAAUAGUUUUUUAUGGAUCAAUGUCAGCAAAUAUUCCAAUGGAAUACGUAUUUGACAGAAUUUUAAUCAAUAAUUAUGAAUGAAAAGCCUGUUUACGCAAUGCGCAUGUAAUCUCGCCAUAUGAUUGUCGCUUGGUCGCAGCAUACAAAGAUCGUGUUGUGCUCAUGCUGACGAGAAACACACACACAUCAAGUCCAUAUGUUUUAAAAAAAAAUCAUCGUUAACCUUGAACUCGAAUUUCGAAUGGCGGCCGAAAUAUUCGUUUAGCUUAAUAAAGACUUGAAACAAUUUAUGACUGACACGAUCUGAAUAUCUAAUUACAAAAACAACAACAUUGUCUGUUAUUUUAUAGAAAUGUAGACACAUGAAUAAUAUUUUGAAUAUUUUUUCGACAGGCUAUUCUUCGGCCGGCUCUAGCUCAAGCAGCAAUGGUGAUGGCUCAGGCCAUACUUUUACAGGGAGCAGUAACAAUGGACAAGGAACCUACACUCAUACGCAAAAUAAACCGGGCGGUGGCAGUGUGACACAAACCGGUGGUUUCCCGGGCCCAUUUUAUGGUCCCGCUAAUUUUGGCCAACCAGGAUUUGGAGUUAACUAUAGCCCAGGCAAGUCAUACUUGAAUUUAUGAUCAUGUCGAUUCGGUCACAUUGUUGUUGUGAUGAUGCUCACUCAUUUGUGAUGAAUGUUUUUUCUUUUGUUAUUGAAGCAGGCUUCCCAUACGGACCAUAUGGCAAUCAACCAGCAUUUACACCAUUCCCACAGAAUUUCGGAUUCAAUUCUCCAUUCCAGCCAAUACAACCAUUCCAACCAUUGCCACCUCUUCAACCAUUUGCACCAUACCAACAGAUUGCAACACCACAAGAGUUCAAUCAAUAUUUGAACUCACUUCAACAACAGUAUGCCGCGUAUGUAACUUUUUUUUGUCGUCAAAUUCUUCAUCAUUCGAUAUUUUUCUAGAAAUUUCUUAAUUUUUUUUUUUUAAUUAUUCAAACGAAAAAACAAAUCAUGAACAAUUGUUGUUGUUAUGUUAACAUAGAGGAGGAAGUGUUGCACAGUCAACGCCUGGAGCUACAGCGUUUGCAAGCUCUUAUCUUGGGCCAACUAAGUACAUAAAUAUGUUUUUUUCUUAUUCAAAUUUCGUCUUGGUUUUUGCACAAGCACACAACACACAAACACACUCUUUAUUUGCCUUGAUAUAGUUCGACAAUUACGAGCACCACGUCAAUAUGAUUUACUCGCUCUCUCUCUCGCUUUCUCUCUCUCUCUCUUUAUUUCCGUAGAAGCUUUGAAUAUUUCAUCAUUGUUAACAACAAAAUUUCAUUUGCAAGCCAUUUUAUCAAAUUUUAAGAACGACGUUCGUGUUUCAUUCACUUUGGUGUGUUCAUAAUUUCGACAAUUUUAAAAUUGAAAUGAAAAUUAUGUUUGCGAACAUUGAGCAUGAGUAAAGACUGGAAUUUGAUAAGCAUAACGCCCGAAAAUACGCACCUUCCAUUUGCAUUUCGCUUGCAUGUCACUACCAUCAAAUGGCGAUAACAAUACACACGAUAUUUUUAGACGCUAAAUCACUUUCGAAAACAUCUUUUUAAACCGGAUGCGUGUGUUUAUUUUUUUUUUAGCUAUUACAAACAACAACAAGAACUGUUGAACACAUGGAAGAAUUCACCAUUCCAAAAUGGAUACGGAGGUAGUCCAAACUAUGCCUAUGCAACUGGAGCAUACAACCCAACUAAUGGAUUCCAACAAACGGCCGGCGUUUUCCCACCAAACAAAGUGAGUAUGAACUAGUUUCAAUUGAGACGAAAUGUUUGAUUUUUAGAUGAAGUUUUUUUUCACAUUCCGAUUUUGAACGAUUUCGUUUUGAAAUAAAAUGUAUAUUUUGUUAUCAUUUAAAUGAUUCGUUCGAAAAAUUGAAAUUUUCGUAUUUUGAAUGAAAUUUUCAUGUUUUUGGUUUAAUUUUGGGUUUCAAACGGAUAUUCAAAUGUCCGUUCUAUUUAAUUGUCCGUUCUAUUUUCCAGAACAAGCCAAAUGUGGACACUCGUUUCGAUGGAAGUGAAAAUGUCGCUGGCAAUGCACCAUCCGGCUAUUUUGGAAUCCAAACAUCAUCUUUCUCGAGCUCAUCCGAUGUGAACGGUGUGAAAAAGCACAAGGAAGUUGCCACAACCACUAUCAAUGACAACGGAAAAGUGUCAACGCACACCGUCGAAAAUUGAUGUCUGUGUUCAUUCUCACGAAUCUGUGAUGACGCAUCAGCUUCAGUCAGCGUGUGAUGAAGCGAAAAAAAUUUAUUUUCUAUAUCGUAGUUUCUUUUAUUCUUUUCUAUUUUUAAAUUUAAAAAAAUCUUUUCAAUGCUUUUAUUUUGAGCGAAUUUAGUAAUACACGGCUAUUUUACUCGGUCAUAAAUUUGACACGUUCUUUUUUUGUGUUUAUUUUUUCUUACUCUUUGUUAUGUUAUGAAAUGAUAAUCAAAACAACAACAAAAGCAGAUGCUCACUUAGUUCUCAGUCGAUUUAUUAAUCGAUGAGCUCAUAGUUACGAAUUCAGAGAACCGAUUAACGCGGCACAAGCAGUAGUUUUCAUUUUUCAUUCAUUAUUAUCGGUUCUUAGAAUUUCGCAAGUUGUUUUUCAUUCGAGCGCCUACUUUUUCGAAGCGAAAAAUAACACAUGAAACAUGCGAUAGCGUAAGCAAAAGAGAGCGACGCUUCUGCUUUUUUUCUUUUGGUCAACUUGAGUUUGAUUUAAAAUAUAAUUACAUCGCAAUGAAUGAUUGCGAGAGGUUAUCGGGCCAAUAUUCAUACAAUUUUAUUCGAUUGGAUAUUUCAAAUCGUAUUACGUCGUUGAUUUUUUAACUUCAAUUUUCAUCAAUAGCCAAAACAAAUUAACUUUUUUUCUCUAAUUAUUGAUUCGCAAUCGGUUGAGGGAAAUUUCUUUUUCAGUGGGAAAAACAAUGAACGUGAAGGACUUGUGAAGCAGAAGUUCGUUCAUUCUCAAGGAACUACUCUGACAACACAAAAAUUCGGAAGUUGUUUCUAAUGAAAACUAAAUUGAUAACAAAAUUCAAUUUGAACAAGAAUCAUUUUCUAGUCGAUGGUACAAAUUCAAUGCGACGCCUAACAAAUAAUAAUUCAUUCAAAAAAAUCGCUGUAACAUUCUGAUUGGUGGCAUUGUGUUUUCGAUUUGUUGAUUCAAAAAAACAUGAUACUGAUUAUUUAAAUCGUCCAUGUACUACAUCGUCUGCGUUGUGAUAGUAAACAGGUCAAAGAUUAUUUUCCCUUGUCACGAAGCAUGCCAAAACCGACGUCGUCGAUGUCAUCGUCGUCAUUCUUUUAUUUCAUCGGCGUUUUAUCAAUUCUCAUUAUAGAAUCAUUUUUAUUCGGCUGUGUCGGCCGAAUCUGAUCGAUGCUGCCGAACGCGCAAGGAUUUUGCAAUAUUUAAUUGAAAACUGUCUCCUCCGUUCGGUUUAGUCUAUAAUUAACGUUUAGUGGGCACACAUCGAAUUUUAAGUUGAUCCGUUCGAAUAGUCACACAGAAGACAAUGAAGUCUUUCAUCAUUUUGGCACUGUGCCUUACCGCAGUCUUUGCUGCGCCACAAUUUGAGGAUCCAACUCAUUAUGCGCAACACUCAGAAUCGGUAUCCAAAGCCCGUCAAGGAGCCAAAGCUAGAUUAGAAAAUUUCGAACCUACCGACACCCAACAAAUUCUUACACCAAGUGAAGAACUCUGCGGACUGUGCGAAGCGUCAGAGGGACAUGUACAAGCACAUAGCACUUCAGGUGGUGUGGGCUAUGUGGUACCACUCCAAGGUGGAGGAGAGUCAAGCUCUUCAUCCGUGAAUGAAUUUUUAUCAACGGCAAAUGAAGCUCAAAUCCCAGUCGUUGUUCCAGUUGCUGGCGGUGGUUCAAGCCAAUCGGAAUACAGUUCAUCCUCAUCAAGCCAAACCGACGCAGCUGCCCCAGUCUACAUUCCAGUUGGCGGUAGCAGUGGAAGCGAAAGCUACAACAGACACCAAGAAAGUAGUUCAAGUGUAUCAAAUCCAGGCGUUCAAGUGAUUUCUUACCCGUCAGGAGGUUCGGAAAGCAGCUACAGCCAUCAUUCAGAAAAAGUGAUCGAAUCAGCCGCACAACCUGCCGUCAUUCCAAUCUCCUAUCCAUCAGGAGGUUCAGAGUCCUACCAUCAUCGUUCAGAAAAGGUUGUCUCAUCUCAAUCAGCACCUCAAGUUGUCCACUUGCCCGUAUUCCCAUCACAAACUGGCGGUACCGAACAUUUCAGUCAAUCACGGUAUACUUCAUCGAGCGGAGGAGUUCCACUUGCACCAAUUGUUAGCUAUCCAUCGGGCGGUUCAUCAUUCUCGUCACAUAGCGAACGCUACCACCAAGGUGCUGCUGCAGCCCCAGUCAUUGCUCCAGUCUAUCCAACUGGCGGAUCAAGCUCACGUUACUCAAGCAGCCAAUACAAACAAGUUUCACAAGCCAAUCCAACUGUGGUCAUUCCAAUCACCACAGGCGGUGGCCAAUCAGCCCACUUCACAGAAUCCCGUUUCUCUGAAAUCAAAUCGACUCCAACCACCUUUACCACCUAUGUUGCUCAACCUGUCUCAAGUGGUAGUUCGCAACGAUCGUCCUCAUACCGUGAAUCACACUCAAGCCAGGCCGCUGCUCCACAAAUCGUUACAUAUCCUGCUCCAUCAGGCGGUUCAUCCAGAUUCUCGCACAGCGAAUCAAUAAGCAACGAAGGAUUAUCAGGUGGUUCACCAGUUAUUGCUACUUAUCCAAUUGCUGGCGGCUCAUCAUCAUCGCAGUUCCACAGCGCAUCAUCAACCGGAAACCACGGUGGUUAUAUAGCCCCUAUUGUUGCAUACCCCAGUGGUGGCUCGUCAUCGUCACAAUUCAGUGAAUCAAGCUCCGCAUCAAGUGGAAGCCAGGGUGGCAAUGUUGGUUUUAUCUCUACUGGUUUCCCAUCAUCGGGAGGCUUGCAUUCACGGUUCGGUUCGGAAUUCGGUUCAGAAUUCGGUUCAACAUCAUCAUUCGGAUCAGGUGUUUCAUCAAACUUGGGCCAUUACAUGAGUGAAUCAGAACGUUUGGCACGUCUGCAAGCCCAAAACAUUCAAGGACAACACGGAUACAAAGGCACUACAACCGCUGAUUUUGGAAAUGCAGCUGUCGUUCAACCGGCAUCAGGCAGCCGCACCAAAUCAUGGGAAAAGAGCUCCAAAUGGUCAUCACAAACUGAAUACGAUUCCGCCGGUAAAACAAAGACCAGCGGUUUCUUGUCGACAGCCGAAGGUGAAGAUCAAACCGUUGAUGGAAAAUCAUCGGGUUACAGGGCAGCAACAACAACAAUCGAAGAUGAUGGCAAACGCAGCACCUACAGUAUCCACACUCCAUAAGACGCUCAAAUAAUAUCUUAAUCGAUUACCUUCGAUUUAACCAGGAGAAGAAGCCAACCAAGGGGAAAAGAAUGAAAUCGACCAUACAUUUUUAAUUUGUUUCUAUCUGUCAAGAGCGUACAAAAAAUCGUUCUUUUUUUUAGUAUCUCAAUUUAAAAGAAAUUAACACUAACCAACAGCAAUUAACAGCAUAAGAUUUCGAUUGCAUUUGUUUUAUUGUGAAAAAAAAAUUAUAUGAUGUCUUAAAUAAAAUUCGUUUAAAAAUUCACUAAAAA